AUGGCUCUCUUCCAGCGAAGCACAUGCUUGGCACUGCUUCCGGCCGUGGCUCUUGCACAAAACUCCUUCUCAGCUGCGCAGCAGCUGCAAGCAGAAGUUGCCCUCAAAACGAACAGCUCCUGGCAUUUGGGUGGCUUCUGCAUCGGCAAGGCUCCUUCCGGUACCUCCAAGGCAGCCGAGAUCACAGCCCAUGUCGACUGGGAAGGCACCAAAAAGUUGGGUGAAACUGGGCCAGUGUUUCUUGUGGCCUACGACGCGCGCGAGCAUCAAUGGGGCUCCGUCAGGGACACUUGGAGUCAGAAUGAUGCGAAUUCGUGCGAGUUCAAGACCAGCGCCGCCAAUAUGCUGCGCCAGCUCGGCAAGCUACACAACCACGAUGUCUUCAGGUUCCAAAUCAACAUUCACCAAGAAACGGCCGCCAGGGAUUGGCAUUUUGCAAUCCUUACGUGUGGGGACACAGAGCCGGCGAAGCUGUCGCUGACGCUGGAGGUAGAGGAGGGUGCUUUGAGCAUCUUCGAAGCCAACACCCACUUCGAUGAGAGCAGCUGCCCGGAAGUCGAAGACCUCGCGCCCGUUGCUUGGCUGCCUGCCGCAAGCAGCCAGGCGGGCUUUUGGCUGAUGCUCGUGGCCGCAGUUCUCUUCGGCUGCUCCGCCGUAAUGGCUGUCGUGGCCUGGAAGAUGUACCGCAAGAAGGUGGAGAUGAAGCGAUUCCAGGAGACGUCCACUGCAGGUGGCACGGAGCCCGUCAUUGGCAGGCCCUGCGCAGCGAUUGGAGAGUCGAAAGUCGUGGACGGCCAGACCAAUGUGGACAUGGCUAUGACACCUGAGUUCCGCAACGAUGCUGUUGCGCAGGAGGUUUAG